UUCAAACCGGCAGUUUCGUAUGUUACACCGUGGCGUGUACACGGUGGGACAACAACCGCGUCGCGAUCAGUUAUCCUCCGUUAUCCUUCGACGAGGACGACGAGGACGCCUCUCCUGCGCGGAGCAAGGACGUUUACUCCGGAUUCGCGAUUUUCGGUGAUGCUCCUCUACGAUUCUAGUGAUCCGAUUUACGAUGAAAGAACACGCCGCACUUCUGGACUCGUGAACGGCCGCUCGUGAACCCGAGAACGAGAGUUACUCGAAGCGCGGAACGAAACGUGAACACAAUCGACACUGGGGGUGGCUUGAAUAAGCCGAAUCCCCCGAGACCGGAAGUUUUCAAACCCGCUCGGAAAUUGCUCGAAAAUAUGGAGCGUGGAUUGCACGAACGCGACCGAGUUGGUGUUCAGGACUUUGUUCUCCUGGAAGAUUUCCGCAGCGAAUCCGCAUUCAUCGAUAAUCUGCGCAAGCGAUUCAAGGAGGAUCUCAUUUACACGUACAUCGGUCAAGUACUGGUAUCGGUGAAUCCUUACAAGAAACUGCCCAUUUACACUCCGGAAACCAUUCAGUAUUAUCAUAGAAGAAACUUUUUUGAGGCGCCUCCUCAUAUUUUUGCUCUCGCGGAUACCGCCUAUCAGUCUCUGGCAAAAGAAAACCGUGACCAAUGUAUCUUGAUUUCAGGCGAAUCGGGAUCUGGAAAGACGGAGGCGUCCAAGAAAGUCUUACAGUUUAUCGCAGCUGCUACGGGACAUAAAAAGCAGGUGGAAGAAGUAAACGAUAAACUGAUCGGCAGCAAUCCCGUGCUAGAGGCUUUCGGUAAUGCGAAGACCAAUCGCAAUGAUAAUUCAUCCCGUUUCGGCAAAUAUAUGGAUGUUCAGUUCAAUUUUCAGGGAGACCCGGUUGGUGGAAAUAUUCUAAACUAUUUAUUGGAGAAGUCUCGGGUGAUUCAUCAAUCCGUGGGCGAGCGCAAUUUUCACAUCUUUUAUCAACUUUUAGCAGGCGCAGAUGACGACACGUUAAGAAAGCUGUUCUUGAAAAGAAACCUUGACACUUUCUUCUAUCUGAGCAAUGGUACGAAAGGCACGGUGGAUACCAUCGACGAUGCUAAUCAGUAUAAAGAAGUCAUUCGGGCGAUGAAGACCAUGGAAAUGUCUCAAACAGAGCAGGAUGAUCUAUUUGCUAUAGUUGCGUCAGUGUUGCAUAUGGGUAACGUGGGUUUCACAGAGGAAGAUGGUGUGGCGACAAUUUUAAAACCUGCAUCUGUCGAUGCCAUUGCUACGUUGUUAGGAUGCAACGUAAACGUGCUAGCGAAGGCAUUCACUCAUCGCACCAUAAACGCACAUGGUGACGUAGUGGUUUCACCCUUGAAUAGAGAAUUAGCCAUUUAUGCGAGAGACGCGCUGGCGAAGGCUGUGUAUGACAGAUUAUUCACCUGGCUCGUGACUAGGCUCAACAAGUCGCUGCAACCUCAGACCAACCCACAACGUAAAAUGGUUAUGGGUAUUUUGGAUAUUUAUGGUUUCGAAAUUUUCCAGAAGAACAGUUUCGAACAGUUCUGUAUUAAUUUCUGUAACGAAAAAUUACAACAAUUAUUCAUUCAACUGACGCUGAAAUCAGAACAGGAAGAGUAUUUGCGCGAAGGGAUAGCUUGGGAAAAUAUAGAAUAUUUUAACAAUAAGAUCAUCUGUGACUUAAUUGAGGAGAAAUAUAAAGGAAUAAUAUCUUUAAUGGACGAGGAAUGUCUGCGACCUGGAGAACCGACGGAUAUAAGUUUCUUGGAGAAGAUGAAUGUAAAUUUAAACAACCAUCCUCACUAUAUCAGUCAUCAAAAGGCGGACAUUCAAACGCAGAAAAUUAUGGGUCGAGAUGAAUUUCGAUUGGUACAUUACGCUGGUGAUGUAACGUACAAUGUACGUGGAUUUCUUGAGAAAAAUAAUGAUCUACUAUUCCGAGACUUACGCGAAGUUAUGUCGCACACAACGAAUUCUAUUACAAAGACUGUAUUUGACGUGAAAGAUUUAACCAGUAAGAAACGUCCAGAGACUGCCAUAACUCAAUUUAAAAAUAGCUUGAAUAAUCUGGUUGAAAUCCUUAUGGGCAAAGAACCGUCUUAUAUUCGCUGCAUCAAACCCAACGAUUUUAAACUGCCUAAUCAAUUCAACGAAAAGAUUGUGCUACAUCAAGUGAAGUACUUGGGAUUGAUGGAAAAUUUGCGAGUGAGACGCGCCGGUUUUGCAUAUCGAAGACCAUACGAGCAAUUCUUGCAGCGUUACAAAUGCCUCUGUUCGGAAACUUGGCCGAAUUACCACGGCUCGGCCAAAGAAGGCGUGCAGGUCCUUGUAUCUGCUCUCGGUUAUGAGAGCGAUGAGUACAGGAUGGGCAACACAAAAUUAUUCAUUCGAUUUCCUAAAACGUUAUUCGAGACGGAAGAUGCGUUCCAAAUAAAAAAGCAUGAAAUAGCUGCUAUUAUUCAAAGCAAAUGGAAGGGCAUAUUAGCAAGAAGAAAAUACUUGAAGAUGCGAGAAGCGGCGAUUAUUUUCCAGAAAUAUAUUCGCAAAUGGCUUGCGAAACGCGAAGCGGAAAAGCGACGACGAGCGGUUAUUACUAUUCGCAGAUUUAUCGAAGGAUUCAUCACUCGGGAUGGACCGCCUACCAAGAUUAAUAUAGCAUUUAUUGAAUUGGCAAAAUCCCAGUGGCUCAUCAGACUCUCGAAAACGCUACCAACAGGCAUUUUAAAUAAUUAUUGGCCGCCAAGUCCGUAUUCAUGCCGAGAGGCAUCAGAACAUUUGCGAGUGAUAUAUAAGCGAUGGCAAGCGCGUUGUUACCGUUUGGCGUUGAGCAAGGAGGAUAAGGAACUUUUCGAAUUGAAGAUUCUCGCGGAGUCUUUGUUUAAGGGUAAAAAGAAAUCUUACGCGAAGAGUCUAGGUCCGAGAUUCCUAACCGAUCGUCUUGGCGCGGAGCACAAAGCGUUACGACAGAGUUUUAUCAAUAAUAUUUUACCUUCCGGGGAAAAUAUAAAGUAUGCAACUCCCGUCAUUAAGUACGAUCGGCAUGGUUAUAAGCCACGUGAAAGAGUGCUCAUUUUAACGGAAAACGCAGUGUACAUCCUUGAUACACUUAAAACUUUCAAGCUUAAGCAUCGUCUGCCUUAUAAGGCUAUUGAAGAACUAGUCGUCACCGGGGAAUCCGAUAAUUUGCUCAUCGUUAGGAUACCGCCCGAACUGAAAAAGGACAAGGGUGACUUGAUCUUGGAAGUUCCACAUAUAAUAGAAGCUUUAACAAAAGCGAUCAAGAUUACUAGUAAUCCAAAUAUUCUCAAAAUUGUCAAUACCGAAUCCGUAUCCCAUAAACUAGUCAGUGGUAAAGAAGGAGUCAUUGAAGUUAGAACUGGUGCCACUCCGGCAAUCAGUAAGAAUCGACAGAGUGGGCACUUAUUGGUGGUCGCUUCUCCAUAAAAAUAUCUCGAAGAAAUUUUUCGAGGACCAGAAGAAUCAAGUGCUAUGAUGCCUACAGUGGCCUUAAUACAUUGUGAUUUAGAGUAUGCGAUAAAGUAUUUUAGGAAGAACACUAAUAUAUGAUACUGUAACUUAUAUUCAUUAAAUUAACCAUUGUGUAUUUUAUUUCAUUUUAAGAAAUGAUAAAAUAACAAAUACGCAGUUACUUUUGUUCUAAUAUAGAUCAUAUGUUGAAAUUGUUUCAAAAGUACAAAGGGCACGGUGCUAUAAGGCGUCCUGUAUAAUAUUUCCUU